ACCGGGCGCAGGGCGCAGCGCGGUGGACGGAAGAGAGGGAGACGCAUCACGGUGAGGGAGAUAGAAAAGACGGUGGGAGGAGGCGACAGCGGGUCGUAAACACGACAGAAAACGGCGAAUAGGACGGCAGAAAGCGGUGAUCACCCCCCACCGCCAACCCUCCUCAUCUCUUCAUCUCCAUCCUUUUCUGCACCGUUUGGCUCAUCCCUUUGCGCACCGGAGCGGCUCGGUGCUUUCUGUUUUCUCUUUAUUUUUAAUCUUAUCCGGACAAAACCUCUGCACGGUCUAUCGUAGGAUAAACACCAGAGGCAAGAGAGGAGGCUGUUCCAUCACUACGACCGACAGGAUCCGGUGUAGGUGCCGCUCGGGACGGACCAUCGGCGCGGGCGAUUCGGUGGCUAGUGCCAGAGGAGGGGGUAAACACGGGGAGAUGACUGUAGAGUAACCCGGCUGAAGCUCACAGAGAGACCCCGGUCCCCGGUUAUCACCGAGACUCCAGCAUCACCAAUGCGAUGGCAUAGCGGUUUGUGCAGCACCAGACUAGACUCAGAUCAGCAGGGCUCUCAUCCACCAUGAACCUCUGAAAGACAUCCGAUACAGGCACAGAUGGGAUGAAAAUGCGGCGGCACAGGGUGUUCUUGCUGUGCACAGUGGGCCUGUGCGUCAUCUCGUUCCUCCACUACUACAAGGCCCUCCACUACGUCUCCCUGCUGCGCGAGCUCUCCGCACCGUACCCCAACAUCAAGUCCUUCAUCAUGGUCACUGGCUUCUUCUGGAGGGAGAAGGGUGUGGGCACCACCCCGCUCAGCCCCGCCUCUCCUGAAGAAGCCCCUCCCCUACCUGUCCUCCGUCAAUCAGACACUAAAGCUAGAGCGAUGGCGGGCGCUGUGGGAGGAGGAGGAGGAGGAGGAGGAGGAGGAGGAGGAGGGGGGAUGGGUCUGGGGAUUGGUGGGGUCAUGGUUGGAGGCGCUGGGAUUGUUGGCAGCGCAGGGUUGGAGAUGAGGUUGAGGGAGGAACCAGCGCCCCCUCACCCUUGGGAGAAACCAGAGGAGAACCUGCGGAGAGACACUCCGAACGAGGAGAGAGAUGAAGACCAUUUGAAGCAGCGGAAUCCCAACCACCAAGCUCAACCUGCCGGGCCCGACCUCCCGGAUAUCUCGAUGGCAGGGAAAGAGCACCUGGACGUGCUGCUCAAGAACCAUGUGCCAGACCCCAUAGAAUCCAUGGGAGACCUCCACACACGCAAAUUCCAGCUUCAGGAUGACAAAACACCUUAUUUUGUCCGAACCAAAGCUGGGGCCCUUUGCUUCAGACAGGGGACCGAGGUGGCUACCCCAAAAGAGUACUCUGGGAAAUCAGGGGGAUCUGUGGCUAAUGGAGCUGGGGAAGGUGCUCGGGCUGCUGGGCAAAGAAAACCUCUGGAGGUCCAGCAGCAGCCCUCCGUAGCUCCGAAAGCCAAGCCCAGGGCCAGGGGCAACGGGAAGCGGCUGGUUAAGUGUGUAUGUCGGCCAGGUUGGCACGGACCUUACUGUGGGGUUCCCACCAUGGUGUACCACUCCAAUCUGCCCACCAAGGAGAGGCUGACGCCCAGAGAGACCCCACGGAGGGUAAUCAACGCCAUCAAUGUUAACCACGAGUUUGACCUGCUGCAUGUGCGCUUUCAUGAGCUCGCCCAAGCAGUUGAUAUUUUCCUCAUUUGUGAAUCCAACUUUACUGCAUACGGAGACAAACGGCCUCUGAGUUUCCUGCGGCUCCUUCUCAACGGUACGUACGACUACAUCCGUCACAAGAUCCUGUACGUGUUCCUUGACCACUUCCCAGAGGGCGGUCGGCAGGACGGCUGGAUCGCCGAUGACUACUUGCGUACCUACCUGACACGCAACGGCAUGUCCAGAUUGAUGGGCAUAAGAUCGGACGAUGUCUUUGUCAUCAACGACGCAGAUGAAAUCCCAGCACACGAGGGCCUCCUUUUCCUCAAGCUGUUUGAUGGCUGGACAGAGCCUUUCGCCAUCCACAUGCGCAAGUCACUGUAUGGUUUUUUCUGGAAGCAGUUUGGCUCCUUAGAGGUAGUAUCAGGCUGCACGGUCGAGAUGCUCCGCGAGGUCUACGACGGCGACGGCAUCAAGCUCCGCCGCCGCGAAUACUACACCAUGCCAGGUUUCCGCAAGUACGAGAAUGACACAGGCCACAUCCUGGUGCAGUGGUCGGUGGGCAGCCCCUUCCACUUCGCCGGGUGGCACUGCUCCUGGUGCUUCACGCCCCAGGGGAUCUACUUCAAGCUGGUGUCAGCACAGAAUGGAGACUUCCCUCGGUGGGGUGACUACGAGGACAAGCGUGACCUCAACUACAUACGCGAUCUGAUCCGGACGGGGGGCUGGUUUGACGGCCCCCUGCAGGAAUACCCCCCCGCGGACCCCAAAGAGCACAUGUACGCCCCAAAGUACAUGCUGGAGCACUAUGAUCGGUACCGCUACCUCCUGGAGAAUCCUUACAGCAAAGCCUCCAGACUGAGCGAAGGCUAGGAGUUCAGCUAGGAAAAGAUAUGUGAAAUAACUAGUAGGACCCAAGCGAGGCCUCAGCACUGAGUUUUUGGGGGCAGAACGGUACUGACAAACUACAUCUCUCAUUGGAGCAAUACUACAUGUAUCUCCACCAGGCAGCACUGAUGUUGCAGGGACUUAAAAUCUCUUAAAAAUCAUUAUUUCGGGGUCAAAAAAAGGGAACACUGAAUCGCAUCAUGGAUUUAAGGAGAGGAUACAACCACUGGAUAAACAAAAUCAUCCUCAUUCCUCCCCUUUUUGGGGGAGGAGCCAAGCUCUUUUUGUCACCCUGCCCUUGUCCUCUCUUUCUUCGCCCGAGUCGAUUAGACACACCUGCUGUCUGAAAGAAAGGGGCCACUUCGGAGUUAAAAGAGGGAUAUUUCACAGCUGUGUUAAAAGCCUGUGGAGAAACUCGGAAGGGAAGAAUUGUUUUUUCUGUCAGUGUUUACCGAAGUUUACGGACCGGCUGAUGUUCCCACCUCACUUUCCACCUUCAGAUGUCUUCCUGUCAUAUUUGGUGACCUCCUUCCAGAAACACAUUCAGAUAUUAUUCUCGGGUCUGGGUAGAAAAGUAUAAAUCCUAUUAAAACCCUGCUGGAGUACCCACUGCCAAAUGAAAAGGAAUGACUCGAUGGGGAUGUCUCAUGUACUCUCACUCAUCCACAUGCACCUUAGACCUGUCUGUGUGUUUGUGAACAAAAGUGUGUGUGGUCUGUCUUUGUGUCAUAUUUACAGGUUUCGAGCUGUUAAGGGGGGACAAGAUCAGCAGGAGGAAACAGAAAGCAAGAAAUAAUCACCGGGGGGGGAAAGACAGCGAGAUGGGAAAACAAGCAAGACAGAAGGCAGGAAAGAAAGGAGAGUAAUGAGGGAGGAAGAGAGUGGCGAAGAAAGGGAAAGAAAAGGAGGCUCUUUGGAUGUUCCCUUUUUCCCACAGUGUCUGCUGACGCACAAGCGUCACAGGGAUGAGUGUGCAGAAUGUGUGUGGGUCCCUCAGACAGCUCUGAAUAAAUCAUGCCCUGUCAAUGGCAUCCACGACAGAUGAAACUCGCCGUUAUUGUUUGUCCGCUGAGAACAAUCGAGACCGGUUGAGGGGGAAACAUCACCCUUCAGUUUCGUCUUUCUGUCUCUCCAGCAGCCGAGAUGACUUUGUUUCCUUGGAAACUAAAGUAUGUGAAAAAGGAAGAGGGGAUGGGUGUUGUUGAGAUGAGUGGGUGGGUUCACAUCAGGCGAGGAGCUUCAACGUUCAAACGAGGUCAACGCUGACUGCGGGUCUCCUCUGUUAAAUAUUCCUCUUCCUCCUCAGCCAUCAGUCGCCCACUCUCUGAAAUUGACUCUUCUGAGCGCUCUCUGUCUCUGUCUUUCUCCUGUGCUUUUUUUCCUCUUUAUGCCGCUCAGUCUUUGGUGUUGGUUUCCUCUUAAUCCUCAUUAGCAAGGCACUUUUUUUCCCCUCAAUUCAAUUAUUAUUCUCUCUUUCUCUACUUAUUCUCUUUCAGAAAUGUUCAAAUUUCCAACUCUUUCUCUAAAACUUUCUGUCAAACUCACACACUGGUUCUUACACUCCAUUUUGGGUGUGUCUAUUUCCUCUUAAUACUCACAAGAAUGUCUUGUUUAAAUAAUAGGGAUAUAUUCAUCUUCUCUCCCCCAUCUCGACAGGACAGGACAGGGCAGCCGUUAUCGUGGCGAUGCCUCCCCUGUGCCCACAGAUCGCUGUCAUCUGAACAUUUAGGCAUGAGCACUUGUGCCUCUUGCCUUCUCGCCACCAUAGACAGCUGUCGAUGUGGCUAGAUGCCUAAAUCUCCACCCUGCCAAGGUUUGGCAGAAGUUUGGGAUCUUGUGGACAAUUUGGCGAGCAUACUUUUCUCUGCGGGUGUCUCAUGUGGGCUGAGGCCAGCCAUGUGGGCUGGGUUACGGUCUUGUCAAGGGCAAGGAGAAUCACUGUGGCAAUAUUAACAAUUCUAGGGAGCAAUUAGGGGAGAGCAGGAAACUAAACAUGCAGUAGGGAGACAAGUCCAAAAAACAGUAAAUGCUUUGAUUUGUCUUUUAAUUGCAGAGUGACGGCAGCCACCAUCUGCUUCUUCAACGCCUGUUUGGGCUUUACAGUUAUUGUUUACACUAGCUUCAGGCAAGACGCUGUUUCAAAGUGAGCCUCGAGAGGACUCAAAAGUUUUUUGGGAAGGAAACUUUAUAAAAUGCAGAGGGGCGAGGACAGGACUUUGGAUGUUUUCAAACCUGGAGGCAAAAGUUUGAUGUAGCUUUAAUUUCGCUUCCAAACAAGACACAGAAAUCUAAGAACAGAAUGCCUUGAAUGUUCUUUUUUUCCAACACAUUGUUUAAAGUGUCCUUAAGUAGGACACUGAACCAUAACCAUCUGCUAAUCUUAAAAUGUAUGGUGAAAGCUUACGUAACGAAAUGAAUAACAAAGAGAUUUUGAAAAUUAGUGUGAGCAUAUCUGUGUAUGACUCGGUCAUCAUGCUGGCUUCUCAUGGCUUUGAGCUCAUAGUGGGAAAAGCAGAUUAUCCAGCAGGCCGCUGACAGUUGUGUCGGGUCUGUGCUGCAGCCUCGAUGGCAGCGUGGUCUGCGGCGGCAGCUGUUAGGGGUUUGGUGUUGGUGUCGGGAGCCAAACUCCCAUCCAACCCCAGAGGGGCUGCAGAGAAACAAGCUUUAAAUAGGAUUUGACAUUAUAUGACCGAGGAGACGACAACAAUGCUGGAUGUGAUGCGCUUUAUCCCUAAAUUGGAUUGUCUGCCUUUUGAGAAGGUAAUAAUUGAUAGAGGUUGAUGGAACAAAAAUGGAACAGAUGAUGAAUUUUGAAAGGAAGGAGGCAACUUGGGUUAACAAAGUGGAUGUUGUAUAUUUUAGAGAUGUUAAAUCAUGAAUUGAGGGAGUUAUCCAAAAUGGAUGGUUGUGAACCACUUUAGAUUUAAUCUUUUUUUUUUUUUCAUCUUCUGUUUUUUGGGCCAUUUUGUGGCAAGUGGAAUUUAAAAACAAUGUUUGCAAUACAUACAUUCCUGCUAAUUGACAUUUUAAAAAUGAGCUUAUACCAGCAAAAAUAUCAUUAAGGAAUGCUGGUAUCAAAUCAAAUCUGGUAUCUGAUCUUUUUCGCCAGACUGCUCUGAUUCAUAUGUGAAGUGGCUGAGAUUAGUGUUACCAGAUUUCUGCCCUGAAACACCUCACAUUCAACCAGUAGCAUUGCACAUGCAUGUUGAAAGAGCAACCAAAAAUGUCGCCUUUUGGGGAAAAAAUUAAUGACAUUGCGAUGCAAGCGUUCAUCCUCCGAAUGAUUUUCUGCUGAAGUUGGAUGACAAUGUGUCAUAUGUUGCGCAUUAGGUUGAGAAGAUGAAGGAAUGCAAAAGCCAUAGCAAUCGCUCUGGUUAGUCCUAUAGAGAGUGAGGUUUUGAUGCAGGAGGAGUCAGGACUGGUGUGGCCCGAUGUGUAGGGUUUCAAGGUGGAACAAUUCCUCCAAAAACUGUAUCUGGCAGUUGGACUUAAUUGGCUGGCUUCUGGAGCAGCGUCGUGGUGCACGCCCACUACACGCGACCAGUCCGCCCUGCCUCGCUAGUUGCUUGUGGAAGCAGCUUGAUUAGCUGUCUUGAUGUGAAUACAGUUUGAAUUUUUUAACUUGUUACACCGCCAGCUUGGUCUGCAGGUAUCCCAGCAAGCUUUGUGCACUGAUUCAGUCGAUCAAACGAGUCGAAGCAUAUUUCUGGUUGCAUAAAGUCGUUUUUAUUGGCAUGCACUGUAGCGCAGCAACAGUACAGCUAGGGUAGCCCUCUGUAGUUUCAAUGGGCUACUCUAAUAGUGUAUGGCAAGGGAUCUGUGCCCGCACAUAGAAGUAAGACGUAAAAAAAAAAAUGAAUUCCAAUAUAAGCAUUCUAGCAGCAGCAGCAGUCACAAUGUCAUAUGUAUCAGAUUUAGGACUACAUAUUAAAGUGGCCCAAGUCUGAUUGGAAAAAUAUUGGAUUUCUGCGUCGUCUAAAAAAAUCAGAUCACACAAGAGCAAAAACAUCAGAGUUGGACCACAUUUGCUUCUAAUGUGAACGUAAUUGGAUGAACAAAAAACAAGCAAAUCUUGCAUUCUUCCCUCCAACUUCAAGGCCCUAAACGAUAACCAUGUGCAGACUCUCUCUGUUUGUCUGUCUGGUGAAUAAAGAGUUCCCAUUUUGCACGAUGCCAAAAAACAAGACAUUUGUGCAGUAUAGCUAAAAGUCAUCUCAGAAAUGGGGCUACAGGGGUGUGUGUUCAAUCCCGUCAAGGGCCGGGGAGUGUGUUUGUGUUUAAGUUCUGCCAAGAGGCAUUUAACCAGAGUUAACUCCCAACUCAGCCUGCUGCAAUAAGGCUGCACAUCUGGUGAACAGUGUGUGUGUGUGUGUGUGUGUGU